GCUGAAGAGUUAACGCCCAUUGUUUCCUUCGAUUUGUGAUUGGCUUUUGGUGGAGAAAUGGUAAACGUCACGGGAUCCCUGCAUGUCCAUUGGUGGGUGUGCCAGACCGCUGGCGCGCGGGUUUCAGCGCGGGCGUUCGAACUUGCGCUUCGCGGCGUUUCCAUGGGGAUGCGGCCUGGCGGUGGCCUGAGGCUCCGGCUGACUGGGCGAUCAGGUCGUGGGCCUACAGGCUCUCUUCAGAAGGAAUCACUUUUUCUCUGUCCUGUCUGAUGGGAUUCUCUGAGGAAGAGUUGUGAAGUCCCCAAGAAUUUAUAAUAACCUAUUCACAGAAAUGGCGUCCUGGUUAUAUGAAUGUCUCUGUGAAGCUGAACUUGCACAGUAUUAUCCACAUUUUACUGCCCUUGGCCUUCAGAAAAUAGAUGAAUUAGCCAAGGUUACAAUGAAAGACUACUCCAAAUUGGGAGUCCGUGACAUGAAUGAUCGCAAGCGUCUCUUCCAACUGAUCAAAAUCAUUAAGAUUAUGCAGGAAGAAGAGAAAACAGCCAGCCCAGAUCAUCCUUUUCAGACAAGCAGCCAGUACAUUAAGACUCAGGAAUUCAGAUCCGGGCCUCGCAGACAAUUACAGUUUGAUACUGUUGUUGACAGCAAAGACAGAACUGCUAGCGAAAAUGAGUUUUCGGUGCAUAAUGUAUCUGAUUUCUCUGCAAAUGAACAGAAGUCCACUUACCUGAAAGUGCUGGAACGCGUGCUACCACAGGAUUCCCAGUUCCAUACGAAAACACUGACUCUGAAUGCCACAACUGCGGAUUCUUACGUGGAAACAGAGACUGAUGGGUCCCUUUUUUCAUCAAAUCUCUUUUCUUCAGUACUGGGAAAUUGUGGUAUUCCCAUCAUUCAGAGAGUCUCUCAUGUUUCAGGGUAUAACUAUGGAAUCCCUCAAUCUUGUAUCAGGCAGAACACUUCAGAGAAAGAGAACCCUUGGACUGAGAGGGAGAAAAUCCGAGUUUGUGUUCGAAAACGACCUCUGGGAAUAAGGGAGUUACGUCGUGGAGAAAUUAAUAUUAUUACUGUAGAGGACAGAGAGACUGUACUCGUACAUGAGAAAAAAGAAGCAGUGGACCUCACACAGUAUAUUCUACAGCAUGUUUUUUAUUUUGAUGAAGUCUUUGGUGAGGCGUGCACCAAUCGAGAUGUAUAUAUGAAGACUACUCACCCCCUCAUUCAGCAUAUUUUCAAUGGAGGCAGUGCCACUUGCUUUGCAUAUGGACAGACAGGUGCUGGGAAAACCUACACUAUGAUAGGGACCCAGCGGAAUCCAGGAUUGUAUGCGUUGGCUGCUAAAGAUAUCUUCAGACAGCUGGAAGUAUCCCAGCCAGGAAGGCGCCUCUUCGUGUGGAUCAGCUUCUACGAAAUCUACUGCGGACAGCUCUAUGACCUCCUGAACAGAAGGAAAAGGCUCUUCGCGAGAGAAGACAGCAACCACGUGGUACAGAUAGUGGGACUGCAAGAGCUCCGGGUGGAUACUGUGGAGCUCCUCUUGGAGGUGAUCUUAAAGGGCAGCAAGGAGCGCAGCACUGGGGCCACUGGGGUGAACGCCGAUUCCUCCCGCUCCCACGCCAUCAUUCAGAUUCAGAUCAAAGAUUCAGCCAAGAGGACCUUUGGCAGGAUCUCUUUCAUUGACUUGGCUGGCAGUGAAAGAGCAGCGGAUGCCAAGGAUUCAGAUAGACAGACGAAGAUGGAAGGUGCAGAAAUAAACCAGAGUCUUCUGGCUCUGAAGGAGUGUAUCCGAGCCCUGGACCAGGAGCACACCCACACUCCCUUCAGGCAGAGCAAACUAACUCAGGUCCUGAAGGACUCUUUCAUUGGCAAUGCUAAGACAUGCAUGAUUGCUAACAUCUCACCAAGUCAUGUGGCCACUGAGCAUACGCUGAAUACCUUGCGCUAUGCGGACCGGGUCAAAGAACUAAAGAAAGGCAUUCGGUGCGGCCCUUCAGCCAGCAGUCGGAAUCGGACAUCUGGAAAUGCCUCUCCAAAGCGGGUCCAGAGCUCUCCUGUAGCCCUGCCAGGGGACAAGUGUUCUCCAAAAAAAGUCAAGCUGGGGUUCCAGCAGGCAGUCACAGUGACACCUGGCUCCACAAGGGCAAAGUCCCACCCUCUGGCUAGCCACCCCCCCAACAUUCCCUGUGCUUCUAUACCUAACGUUCUUGGUAAAAAGGGCAGCUCCAGACGGAGUCCUUCACGGGACUGGGUCAUGCAGAGCAGCCCUGUCAAAGAAAAUGUGCGCUCUGGACAUUCGGCCAAAAAAAGGGCAGAAGAAUCAGCACCACUGUGCUCUGAGAAAAGUCAAACUGGUAACAAGUCUGCACUUGGCUGGGGACGCAGGGCCUUGAGCCCAGGAGAAGGUCCUGCACAUGGCAAGCUGCCCGCCAAGGGCAGGAAGGUGCAGACUGUGCAGCCAGUACAGAAGCAGCCUGUGGCACGUGCUGAGCUCUCUUGUGGCAAUAGCUACCGCUUAGCAGGGGGCAUACCAGCCAGGCCUGCCCCUGGAGCUUGGACAAAUGUUCCUCCUCAUCAGAAGGAAAGGGAGGAGCAUCUGCGUUUCUAUCACCAGCAGUUCCAGCAGCCACCUCUCUUCCAGCAGAAGUUAAAAUACCAGCCACUGGACAGGUUCUUAUGCCAAUACAGGACCCCCGAGGGUCAGCUGCAGGACAAAACUCCUCCCUCCCAUGCCUGCCCUGAGAACCAGGAUGGAGCUCACACUGAGGACCUUGAUGACAGUGACUUCAGUGAGGAUUCUUUUUCACAUCCCUCCAGCCAGAGGGCUGCAAAGCAGAGAAGCGCCCUGGAGAAGAGUGAAGGUUCAUUCUUCCUUCACCAGAAGGGAGAGCAGAGUCCAGACAGGCAAACAGCAGAAAGGCCACAGAUGCUGGAUUUUAGCUCUGGGACAGAUGGAGAUGAAAAGGCUCUAACUGAGAGGUGGAUGUACCCCGGAGACUGCACCGGCCAGAGGAGACCAACAUUCAACCAUCAGCACAGCCCAAGCCAGCUGUGCUUGGCCUGGAACAGAGUAGAGGAUUGUACCUCCUCGGAGCCGGCUCUCGGGGGCAACCUGGCUGCACAGCCUUCCUGCUUACCGGCCAGGCUUAUAUAUGCCCAGAAAAGAAGUGAUGGCCCAGCCAUGGACCUCAGACAGGAUACUUUCAGAAGUGAGGUUCCUGGAGAACCUGAGGACAACUCACCAUCCCCGGAAGAUGGAUCCUCUUUUUCUCUAUCCCACAUUGUAGCUCCUGGAUCCCCAGACCAAGGAGACAUAGAUACCACACAGCUGAGAGAAGUCAGCGAGAAGAGCCCAACCCAGGUGACCAGAACAGCGGCAAAGAAUAACCCUUUCCAAGGAGAAGACGCUAGAGGGCAGUUAGGUGCCUGCUCUGAACAGGCAUCAGGACAAAUGGCUCCCCUUACCUUGUCCCUCCUAGAGACUCCAGAUGCUGAUGGCCAUUCUCUGGAGCAGCUGGCCCAGGACAGGGCUAUGCACAGUCCAGUGGUAGAGAGUGCAGGGCAGCCAGCCAUGGGCUGUACAGUUUCGCCCAGCCACCAAGAGGCAGCCUUGCCAGUACCUUCGGCAAGUGGGCGCCUGUGGCUCUCCUCCUCUCCCCCUGACAACAAGCCUGGCGGUGAUCUUCCAGCUUUGUCCCCAUCACCCAUCCGUCAUCAUCCACCUGACAAGCUGUCCAGUAGGGAGGCUGACCAGAGACAGGCCUGCCAGAGCAGGGGGCCCUCACUCUUCUCCCAGGAACUUGUGGGCAGUCAGCAGUGUGAUGCCAACACUGAGCAGACAGGGCUGGCUCGCUGCUGGGACCUCCCUGGAAAGCCCUGCUCUGCCACACGGACUGGGGUACACCAUUCUGGAUCUGCACUUGCCCCACAAACAGGAAGUUGCGACGGGGCUGAUCAACCCUGGGGCCAGGAUAGAAAAUACCCUUGGGCGCUCAGUUGGCAGGAGCUUGGUUCAUCCACAGACCGCAUGAUGCCUUGCAAUGAAGAAGACACCACAUGGCUCAAGCACAGGCCAAUUUCAAGGUGCCUAGUAUCACCAGACUCUCUCCUGGUUCCCAGCUGUUCUCCCAAGACUGCAGGGGCGCUCUGUCAGCCCACCCUGGAGCAAGCACAGCAGGUGGUGAUCCGCGCACACCGGGAACAGCUGGAUGAAAUAGCUGAACUGGGCUUCAAGGAAGAAACACUGGUGAGCCAGCUGGCUUCUCACGAUUUUGAAGAUUUUGUUGCCCAGCUAGAUGAAAUCAUGGUUCUGAAAUCCGAGUGCAUCCAGAGUCUGAGGAGCCAGCUGCAGCUGUACCUCACCUACCAGCGGCCCUAAGAAAUGUGCUGUGGGACAAGGUCUCAUCCCAGGUGGUGGGGACAGUGCAGGAGGGGCCUAUGCGAGGCUUUUGGGGGCUUAGCCAGGGUUGAGCCAGUUCUUCCCACACACACCAGAAUCUGCUCCCUGGGGCCACUGUCCCCCUCCUCCAUUCAAAGCUCAGGAGCUCCUGUAAGAAGGGAAGGGCCAUCCUGAGGACCUCCUGUCCUUCCCUUUGCUUGGAGGUCAGAGUAUCUGCUAUACUGAGCCCCUGCCUAUGGGAACACAUUUGGGCUAAGAACUCAUAAAGGCUCUUAAUUUUGAGGAUUAGAGAAUGAGAUGGUGGCCUAUAAGAGAAUGGUGGCCUAUUAGAAAAUGAGAUGGUGGCUCAGAAGUCAUAGAGCCAGGUAUGGCGGCACACACCUGUAAUCUCAGCACUUGGGAGGCUGAGGCAGGACUGCCACAAGUUUGAGACCAGCCUGGGCCUCAAAACAUGGUGAGUUCAAGGCUUGACUGAACUACAUGGUGAGACCCUGUCUCAAAAAGCUAAAAAAAAUAAAAGUCACAAGCUGGGGAAGAUAACAGGCUGAACUCAGGGGCUGAAUUAUUCCUACAUUUAGGAAUAAUUCACAAGUAACACAUGGGCCAAAAAAUAACAUUGGUGUUAGCAGAGCAGCAGUGGAUAGAGCUGUCUGUCAGCCCUUGGAUUUCGUUUAUGAAAACGUUACAUGAUGAAGCUUGACUUGCUGUGUCCUUACCAGACGUGGGGCAGGUUUUACACUCCCCUCCCUUCCUGCAGCCCAGUCUGAGACAGAGGCACCUGUAGUCACUCCCUUUCCCUUGUGCUCCUCUGCAAAAGUAGUGGACUGCCUGUUAGCACUCUUGCUUCUGUGGCAGUCCUGGCUCCUGUCUGACUCCACACUUCCCUUAACUAGAGGAUCUCAGGCAAGCCCACCUACUGGGCUGACUGUUUCCAGGGACACCCUCGCUGGCCACUGUCCCACUCCCAAGGGCCUGUGUUCCGUGUCUGAGUCUGAGCACAACUGUAUUCACCAGCUUGAGGCCUACUGACACACAGUUCACAUGGGCGCCUUCACCUCAGUGCUGCUGUUUUUAGCAGAAAGCUUAGGGAAACAGGCAGCUUCCAGGCACCCACAUGUUCAGAGGCCACCCUGUGCCCGGGAUUCACAUGUCAGGCCUUGAAGCCCACUGCUGUGUGAACGUUCACUUCUCUCAGGUAAAAACACUUAUAAGGAGUUGGUUUAAUCAAGAAGCUGAGCCUGAAAAAGCCACUCUGACAGUGCUAAAUCUGACCACCAGAGGGCACCCUGCCUCCACACUCAGGCCCGGCAACCUCCUCCCUUGGUCACUGAACAAGAGACCCUGCUCAGCCAAAGCCCCGGAGGAUUAAUGAGACAGUAUUAAGGCAAGAAAUUUCAGGGGUGUGUUCUGUUGGGUACAACAGCACCACUGCGAGCUGAGUGAGCACCUUACACCCAGUCCUGCGUUUGGCCUAGGGAAUAUAAAUGCCUGAUUGUGCUCAUAGGAAUGAGGCUUUUUCUCACUUCCCGGUGAGUAGUCCUGCCUGACCUGUCUGCAGUUAACCUGGAAAGAAGGCAUAUGACCUUGGCCUGGAGACAAAACUAGGUCAGCACAGAUCCUUGUUUGGGGCACCUUUGCAAACCAGAAAGUCAGGCACACCAGGUCCAGUGGGCCUGGAGCUGGAAGAAUGGGUAGGUCUUGUUCUAGCCCGGGACCUUCCCACCCACCUGCCCAGCCACUUUCCUCAGUAAAAUACACACCUCUUGCCAAUAAAGAAGAUACCACAGCAAAA